GACAGGAGGCCCAAACGGGCGAUUCGAGAGGUCUAAGACUCUAGGCUAAGGCCGUGUCCCUCAGAUACACCGAUUGCUUGGGCAAAUUAAUAAUAAUUAAACCGCUGCGUGACUAGGACAACCCGCUCCCCCCAUUGUACCUCUCGUCUGCUCGGAUUUAGCAAGCAAAAAAUGCAAAACAAACAAACGAAAUAAUUCUCGAAAAUCUUUGUAUCUGUGUAUAUCGGAGAACUGAAAAGAGGCCGUCGUUUGGCGCUCUCGCAUCUCAGUUGCCAGUGGGCGAAAGACGCAACUGCUGCGACCUUGCAAUGCCCUUGAAUGACACUCUUAUUGCGACCAAGUCGCCAACGUUGCCACUCCAACGGGCGCUGCUGCCACGGCUGCCACUCAGCACUGGCAAAAAUAUAAAUAAUAAUAAUAAUAAUAAUAUAGGAUUAAAAAAUAAAUAAAUAUAGAAGGGCCAAAACGAAAACAACUGCGCUGAAUAAAAGUGAAAAUUUGAUUGAAGUCAAACAAAAUUUUCGCGUGCCUUCGUGAAAAAAGCCGAAAAUUCCCGACGGAUCCUUUACCAAAAGCCUUAACCCAGAAAUCAAAACGAGUGUGUGCUAAAUAAAAGCCAAAUAAAUAACAUUUUGCAACGAAUUCCCAUACAUCAAAAAUAUAAAUAAAAAUUAUUUACAAACAUAUCUGAAAAAUCCGACAAAAAGUGUUAUCUAACUAGCGCCCCCUGGCGGCAAGGUGUAACUGUGUGUGUGUGUGCGGCGAAUAAAAGUGAAAGUUCUCGACUGGCGAGUAUAUCCUUCGGUAACCUUUCUCCCCCAAAAACUGGGGUCACUUCCUUUGGCAUCGAAACAUAAACGACAACGGGGCACGCAAUAGGCCAACAUAUAUAGUAAAUAUAUAUAUAUAUAUAUACCCGAAAUCGGUAUAUGUAGGCGAUAUUUAUGCCACAACUAUUGACAAGCAAUUAUUUUUAUUGCUACGCCGACGAAAGGCCAAAAAGGAAACGCCUUGGAAUAAUAUCAAAACAUCAGAUAUUCCGCAGAUCGGUUGCACCAUACCCGAUUGUGAGUCGACGUGACGUAAAUGAACGAUCCCGGCGAUAUACCACUGACACACACCAGCACGCCGGACAGCAGGCCGCCCUGCAGCAUCAUCUCCAUCAUCCCAACCAUAGGGAUGUCCUCGUGCCGCGGAAGAGCCGAGGCAUUCGCACGGAGUCUGUCCUCCAAGCUGCGCACCUUGGGUUCACAGACAACCGAGGAGGGCGAGGGCAAUGCGGAGGAUGAGCCCAUCAUCAAUGGAACCAGCACGAACACGUGGGUCAACUCGCACGACUCGGAACAGACGGUGACGGAUCUGCAGCCACUGCGCCAUGAGUCCGACUCCUUCUUCGACUUCGACUGUGAGCUGGAGUCGCCGGGGAGUCCGGUGGACGAGUGCGAGUACCUGCGCCUGAUCGAAACCGCCUCGAAUACGCCACACAACUCGACGGCGGAAUCGGGCUAUGCCUGUGCCUCCAUGGCCAGCAGUCACAGCAGCAGUACCGAUGGUCCCUACUUCGAUGCCACUGCAUCUGGAUCCGCAUCAGCAUCCGCAAUCGCAAUUGCAACCACAUCCGCUUCCACAUCCACAGCUGCAGCUGCCCAGGACCAAAAGCUGCCAGCCUCGGAACUCAAGGAUUAUGUGAAUACGCUGCAAUUGAAUGGAAGACAUGGACUAGUCAAUGGAGUGAAUGAGGAGGAAGAGGCAGCUGGCCAGGAUGCGAUUCAGCCGGAGGACGAGGCCUUUCUACAGGCCCAGAUCCUUAGUGAACUGCAGCAGCAUAGCAUCAGCUUGCGGGUGGAAGAAGAGAAGUUUACGAAUGGACAUUUGGAGGAUGUGAAGACACUGGAGGUAGCUGGUCCUACAAACAAAGCUCCAGAAGAAUUGCAUAAAGAUGUCUUCACUGAGAAGGUUGAAGAGUUAACCCUUACUGAAGGAGAAACCCCUUACGACAGAGUUCAAAAAGAAAGCUCCCAGGAGGGGGUUACAAAAGAAAGCCACCAGGAGGUGGUUCCGAAAGAAAGCUUCCAGGAGAGGGUUCAUGAAGACAUACAUAACGAGAGAGUUGAAGAAAGAAAAGGCGAGGAAGAAACCCCGAAUGACAGAGUCCAAGAAGAAACUCCCAGUGACAGAGUCCAGGAGAAAACCCCUAAUGAAAGGGUUCAAGAGGAAACCUCCAAUGACAAAUCUCCCACAGACACCUCCCCCGAAAGAACCCCCACGGAGGAAAGCUCCUCCCCCGACAGGACAACUCAGGAAGCCAGAGACGUCGAACUUUCGCCGGAUAGUGGCAUGGACGAAACAGACAAAUCGGCCAGCAAUCUGACCGUCAAUGUGGACCUGGCCCAAAUCGAGCAGGCCAAACAGGAUGCCACGGAUGCGGUGGAAAAGAGUGGGGCAACGCACAGUCAUGGCAUAGAUACCACAGAUGAUGAGGACGAUUGUCGACCUCAGAGGAUCCGGCGUUGUUCCUCGCUCAAGACAGGAAAGACACCGCCUGGAACUCCGGGUCGCAAGAAGAUCGUGCGGUUUGCCGAUGUCCUUGGCUUGGAUCUGGCCGAUGUGAAGACCUUCCUGGACGAGAUACCCACCAUACCAAAGUCGGCGUUCGAAGAUCUGGAGAUACUGGAGUCGGAGCCGCCGCUCCAGCUGGGUCCCAAGUCGGAUAAGCUACUGAUGCCACUGUUCCAGCAACCAGGUGGCCUGCCCAAGUUCCUCGAUGCGGUGCGCGAGAAACAGGUGUCGCUGGAGAAUGCCGCCGUUUCGGAUAAUAUCAAUCAGACGAUAUCCGGAUCGGUGCGCGUGCGCAAUCUCGAUUUCCACAAGUCGGUGCACAUACGGUAUUCGCUGGACGGAUGGCGGAGCUAUGCCGAUCUGCAGGCCAACUAUGUGGAGAACUCGUGCGACGGCUUCUCCGACAUCUUCACCUUUGUGCUGUUCGGCAACUCGCUGCACGUGGGCCAGCGGCUGGAGUUCGCCGUUCGAUUCCAAUGCAAGGGCCAGCAGUUCUGGGACAACAACUACGGGGCCAACUACUGCUUCCAGUGUCUGCCCAGUUCGACACAUGCCACCGGCACAUGUAGCUCGACGGCAUCGCCUCCGUCCGUGGUGACUGGCGCCGUUACCACCGGUAGCCAUCCCGGUGCCAGUCUGGUCGGAUUGCUAAGCCCCACGGCGGGCGAUGCCUGGUGCAGCUCCUUCUACUAGGCGGUGGCGAUGGGCUUGCACUACGGGCACUGGCUUAGAGUUCACAUAACCCCCGUUUAGGAACCCUCAACAUACCCAAGGACACGACACCAAGGUCUGGGAUUGCUCCCGCACCCUGAGGUUGUGUCUAUGUCCCCUUAAAUAAAUUCGAACUAGAAUCCCACCCCGAAUCCCAGAUGUCCAGCCAGUCAGAGAUCACGGAUCAGAAUGCCUACCUUCGUUGGGCUACCUCUUCAAUAGGAUGUUUCGAUUUUAAACUACAAAUUCUGGGUGUGAUUAAGUUGUUAAUGGACAAUUUUAAGAGUAUCAGGAAAGGUAGCCCACAAAACUAAUGUUUUACAAUGGCUAUUUCAAUCAAAGAACGUCUUUAUAUUUAAAAGCUGCGUUCAUUUUUCAGUUUUGAUUAUUUUCUGGUGAAAAAAAAACAGUUAAAUAUAUGUCAUUAUAUAUAUUGAGGGCUUAAACCACUUAAUAAGCAAAACCUAGAUUAAAACUCAGCUUUUAAAAAGAAGAUUUAGAUUAUAAAUACUAAAGAAAAGCUACUAAGAACUGUCUACAGAUUACUUACCACCCCCAAGAAUUUUCCAAUUUUUUCACACCCAUAAAUCGAAUCACCCUACCCUUCCUCAAGAAGGCAAAAAUUGUUUAUAUUUUUAUAGAACGAAAAGGAGGGAAGGGUUAGACAAGAAGGAAGAGAAGAUGUAAGGAGGGCCACAAAAAAAUAAAUUAAACAAGCCUGAGUAGUGCGAAUGAGAACAAAAGCCAACACAGUUCGAAUGAAUCCCAAAGAUAGUUGUUAGUCGUAUGUUAUAAGAAGAGCAAGUGAUAACAAACUAAAAAUCAGAUCAGUUUCUUCAAUGUCUUCUUCUGUUUUCAGUUUUUUUUUCCCAGUUUUUAUUUGGUUUGUUCCUAGGUUUGUUUGCAGGUUGGAUCGGGUUUGUUAGAUUGGACUUCUGCCAGUUGAUGUCUUCUUAAGGAAUUCAUUUUUGUGAGAUGAUUAAUUCCGAUUAAUCGUAGUUCAACAGUUCUAAGAAGUAUAUGAGCUUAGCACCAUUUACUAUAUAUACUCUUCGUUUCGUAAGAGCAACUAUACGAUUAGCUCAUUCGACAAUUGCCAGAUCAUUUUUUAGCCAAGUUUUUAGAUCCAUUCGAGCGCAGAGACCAUGUCGAAAGUUAACUUUAACUAACCAACAUCCAUUAUCUAGUCAAUUCGAGUUUACUUUUGCCAACUAUACCAGACUAUUUUCAGUUCCAAAGUAAAUACUCCAGUCCUAUGAUCUUUGUACCCCGAUCGGAAAGACUUUUUCAAACCAUCUGACACAACAGACAAACCUUCACUUUUGUUUCUCUUAAAUGUUGAUAUUCUUCUAAUGUUUGAUUUUUUUUAAAUAUUCUUUAAUUUUAUUUUACACUAUUUCAAUAUUUUUUAUGUAUAUGUUGAUGCGUAAUAUAUAUCGUAAUAUUAUAUAAAUAUAUAUAUAUACAAAAUAAAAUAAAUAUAAAAUUUAAUUAUUCCUCUUUUGUUGAUUCUUUUACUUAUCUUUGUUUCUUUACUAAAUAAUAAAAACAAUUCAAACUCUUCUUAUCCACAACAGAACCUUAAAAAGCCUAUAUCAGGGAUAAACAAGCAAAUAAAUACUUAUAACAAUUAAUUGCAAACGCAGCUACCUCAAGGUUUUCCAACCGAAAACACGAAAAAAGAGAGAAUAAUAGUUAAACAAAAUUUAUGAUUAACAUAAAAUAAAUAUUAAAUAUGUUUAUUGCAUAGCAAACAUGUGUAAAACAAAAAAAAGCAAAAACAACAAAUAAAAAUGAACUUUAAAAGUUACAACUAUUUACAUAUACUAAAUGUUAAAGUAGCAGAAACCACAGAAAAAUUACUGAAGUCCCAACAAAACAAAAUGACUUAGACUGAAGCGUGAGUAUUUCGUGAGAAGAGCGAGAAAAUGUUAUGAGAUCUGCCCAAAAACCAGAAAUUUGUUAAGGUUUUUAUGUGGGCGGGGCUUUUGUCGACAUGAGUUCCACUUCACACUAACAAAGGAAUAAUAAAGAACCCACAAUAAAAUAACAAUGCGAACAGCAACAUUUUGCAUGUCUAAAAA